CGUCUUGGUCACUAGAUUUAAGAAUUUGAAGAUCGUCCAUGUCCAUUCUAUUCUCUUCCUUCCUCCUUCCUUUCUUCUUCCUCCUUCCUCGCUAAGUUUCUAUCUUUCUUUGCUCUGCGCGUGUAUGUAGCAGGUGGAUGGCAAGGACAAACAAGUACGCUUCCAUCAAUUUCAACGACAUCUACGAGAAGAAGAACAUCAAUCCUGCCACCAAGAAACCCUCCUCAGCCCCCUCUGCAAUCUCUUCUACUCGAACCCAUGGAGGAAUGCUCGUCCUGACCCGCCCUUCGCCCACACCCCAACCCCAACCCCAACCGCAACCCAAAUCCCAGGCUCCAACUCCAACUCCAACUCCAAAUCCAACUCCGACUCCACCUAAGCCGGCGGAUCCCAUUCAAACCCCUCUUGAAUCUGACCCCAUCUCACUCCGCCCCUUAGGUCGGACUGGAACCGGAUCCUCCCCCUCUCCUUCCCCGUUUUCGGUGUCAUCAGUGAAGGAACCUGCAACUGUGCUGCAGCCUGCGAAGCCAGACCCCUUCGUUCCUCCUCAUCUGCGACCAGGAUUCGUUGGCCGUGAAGAGAGGGUCGCGCAGGAGGGGCAGAGACAGCAGGGAUUCCGGCACCGGGAAUACCACGGCCACAACCACGGCUCGCCUGGUCGGUACACUGAAGAUGGGCGACCUAAAUCGGGAGGGCACGAGAGGAUGCGAAGAGGUGGCGGCGGGGGCGGCGAUUCGGAUCUGCCAGUGGACAUGAAUCGUCCGAGUUCGAGUGGGAACGGGUCGAGUUCGGGUGGAUGGUAUGGACCUUACGGUCAGAGAUCUCCUGCUAAUGCUAACCAUUACUUUCAUCAUCAACAAUUCUAGGUGAUCCGAUGGAGAUUGAGGCGGCGUAGAUGCAUCCAUCGUUCUGUUUGUUGUUGUGAUUUAAAAAGGGUAAAAAAGGGGGAAUUUUUUUUUUCUUCUUUUAUACAUCUUUUUGUCAAAACUAUUAUCUUUUAUGUCUAUAAUUUUUCUUUUUUUGGUUGAUCAUUUGGAUGUGAAUUUGAAUGAGGCGCCAUAUGCAUUUGGAAUCUUUAAUCAGAAAGUUGUCCUCUUUGAAUUUUUUCUCCUUAAUACUAAUUUUGUUAUUUGUUAA